CUUUCGAUCUGAGAUCAUAUUUUCGAUGAUGUUCGUUAAUCUAAGGCUUGCAUCCAUCGACGACGCCAUUGUUUCUUCUGAUCCCUCCAUCUCAUCGCAUUUCAAUUCCAAAACCCUAAUUACCAGAAAUCUAUAACCUAGUAUUCAUUCAUCUGGGAAAUUCUCACGAAAGACAACGGGGACUCUCGUUGUACCGUGUUUUUCCAAACCAAUGAAGGGGCUUUUCAAAUCAAAGCCUCGCACCCCUGUGGAGCUCGUCCAUCACCUCCGUCACCUCCUACCCUACACCGCCCCAAAUCCCGCUAUUCGUAAAACCAAACGUCGAGAGAAGAUUUGUGAACUGAGAAAAGUCAUUCUUGAAAUGAGGACAGUACUUUAUGGUGAUGAACGGUCAGAGCCAGCAGAAGAUGCCUGUGUAAAGUUGACGCAGGAAUUCUUCAAAGAAGAUACAUUGCGUGUACUAAUAGCUUCUCUUACUAGUUUGGAUCCUGGGACACGUCAAGAUGUUACGCACGUGAUCGCAAAUUUGCAGAGGCAAAGAGUGAAUGGACGAUAUCUUGCCUCUGAAUAUUUGGAGUGCAACACAGACCUUCUGGGUAUGCUGGUACCAGGCUGUGAUGAUUCAGAGCUUGCUAUAUCGUACGGUGCAAUUUUAAGAGAAUGUAUUCGGCAUCAAGUUGCUGCAAAAUAUCUCUUGGAGUCAGAUCACAUUAAAAAGUUCUUCAGGUACAUACAAGAUCCAAGUUUUGACAUAGCAUCAGAUGCAGCAGCAACAUUUAGAGAGCUAUUGACCAGGCAUAAAUCAACUAUUGCUGAAUUUCUUUCCAAAAAUUAUGAUUGGUUCUUCCAAGAGUACAACUCAUUGCUGAGAUCUCCCAACUACAUCACCAGACGGAAUGCCGUCAAGCUGUUAGGAGCAUUGUUACUGGAUCGUUCAAACACCUCUGUGAUGGUCCGAUAUGUGAGCUCAUUGGACAACAUGAGAACACUGAUGAAUCUUCUUCGGGAUUCAAACAAGACCAUACAGGUAGAAGCUUUCCAUGUGUUCAAGCUUUUUCCUGCUAACCAGAAAAAGCCUCCAGAGAUCGUGAAUGUGCUAGUUGCAAAUAGAAGCAAGCUCAUCCGGUUUUUUAGCGACUUCAGUCUUGAAAAAGCCGAUGAGCAAUUUGAAGCAGACAAAGCUGAAGUUGUGAAGGAAAUUGCUACCUUGCAGCUGAAAGGUCAAGCAUGCUCAACUACGAAGCAAUGCGAAGAAAUCUCAUGUUGAUGAACAUCGGUCACCACUCUAAAACUAGUACUUGGUAACUUCUUUUAUUUGUUGAACCAAGUAGAAA